AUGAAUGAUUUACAAGAAACUGCACAGCUACAAGAUUAUUAUACUCGCCAAUUGGGGCUGUGCAGUUUUACCUACAACAGAAAUCAGAAGAGAAGUCCACAGUCGCCUGUUCGAAAAUUUCCUUGCUCCACGAUGAGGUUUUUAAGAUUCAAGUUCUUGGGUGCCUGGGCGCUUUCUUCGUCGUCCUUGCCAAUUACCAAUAAUAGUAAUGAUGAAUCCUCUGGACUCUCUUUCAUUCCCAGUGAUGCAUCUCAGCCUCCUCUUCUUUCGGAUUGUUUGACUAGCCCAGCUGAAAAUGAUGGAAGUCCAUCUCAAGGAAUAUCAUCUUUGGCAGGAGGAAUAGUAGCACUGGGAAAGUUUGAUGCCCUUCAUAUUGGUCAUAGGGAGCUCGCAAUUCAAGCUGCAAAGAUUGGAGUUCCAUUUCUAUUGUCCUUCGUUGGAAUGGCUGAGAUACUCGGGUGGGAACCCAGGCCUCCUGUAGUUGCCAAAUGUGAUCGUAAACGAAAACUCUCAUCUUGGGCUCCACUAUGUUCUAACAUUACACCCAAGGAAUUUCAUAUUGAGUUCUCCAAAGUUCGAUAUCUUUCUCCACGCCAGUUUGUUGAGAAAUUAUCGGACGAGCUUGGAGUUGGUGGGGUUGUGGCAGGUCAGAACUACCGGUUCGGGUAUAAAGCUGCUGGCGACUCGUCUGAUUUGGUGCAAUUGUGCGAUGAAUAUGGCAUGAAAGCCUCUAUAGUAGAUUCUGUCAUGGAUAAAAAGCAAGAUUUUUUCAAGGAGAUUGGUCGUCAUCAUAACGGAACCAUUAACGAGCAAGGCCAAGUAUCAUCCACUCGAGUUCGGCUUGCGCUUUCCGAUGGCGACAUGAAUUACGUGUCACAACUGUUGGGGCGCAAUCAUCGCCUUAUGAUGAUGGUUAAAAACGAGGAAAAUGUUUUACGAGAUGGGAAAAAGUUGUCGGCUUGUAGGUUGUGUUUGUUGAAUCUUCCACCCAAAGAAGUGAUUGGGGAAAACUACAGUGUCGUGCCAUGCAGACUCGUUAUUGAUACGAAAACUAUUCAUACGGAACUUGACGAGUUAUCAUCUCGUCACAUAAUUUUUUCGAAACGAAACUUUGACUUGUUGGGGAUUGAAUUUGGUGACUCUAAAUCUUCCCCUUAUCGACCAAACUCAAUAACAUCAUCUUCUGAAGAUUAUUGGUUAUUGAAGUUUAUUUCAUCAAUGGCGAACAAACCACAGAUCCGCACAAGCAACUCAUCGCUCAUAGCCAUGAUUGCUGAUGAGGACACUAUCACUGGAUUUUUGCUAGCUGGAGUUGGUAAUGUUGAUUUGAGGAGGAAAACAAAUUAUCUCAUUGUUGACUCAAAAACCACGGUGAAGCAGAUUGAAGAUGCCUUCAAAGAAUUCACAACAAGAGAAGACAUUGCAGUCUUGCUCAUCAGCCAAUUUGUUGCAAAUAUGAUACGGUUUCUUGUCGAUAGCUAUAACAAGCCAAUCCCUGCAAUCUUGGAGAUCCCAUCAAAGGACCAUCCUUAUGAUCCUGCACACGACUCUGUUCUUUCGAGGGUGAAAUACCUUUUUUCGACAGAAUCGGUAGCUUCCGGAAGGCGUUGAGUGAUUGUUCGAGAAAGCUCACGUCUUAGACUUUCUCUGGCCUCGUUUUUUAAGCUCCGUUCGCACGAUCCUUUGGUUUUUGGGAUCUCAAGUACAGAAGAUAUUAUUUGUUUGAGCAUACAUAUUGAAUAAGUGCAGUAUUUGUGUUUGAAUGUUAAGAGCUGAGACAGUGGAUUAUGAUCAUUGGCUGCUUGUUAUAUUUAUAGUAAUUGUUUUAUUUUUUUUUUUGCAAGUGUGAAUUUUCUUUGGAAAAAAAUUUGCUAUAUGUGUUCUUGUUUGGAUAUGGCGGUUGGUUUGGUCUUCAAUUUGGAGCUGUAAGAAAUUAAUAGAAGGUCUCAAUUUCUGACAAAGCGCAUAGAUUGAUAGAUUACCUGUUUUACAUGUUGUGGAUCUUGAAAAGUAGUUUUCUAGAAGAAUUGAAAUAAAUU